UGGUUGAACGGUGGGAUCGCAAUCGCUCUGAUUGGGAAGCUAGCUCAGAAGAAAAAAAAACAGAGGAAAUAAUGCAUUUUCUCACAGUGUAGUGUUUUGUUGCCGUCUGUUGCACGCAUUGGUCGGUGUUUGCGCGAACGGAUGCACUGAGCUGAGCGCCAUUCAUCCUUUAUCCCACCGACGACACGAAACCACUACGAGCCAACCCCAACCGACAACUUCCCAUUCGCGGAUCGUUUUGUGGCAAAUUGUCACUGGCCCAUCAUCAUCGUUCCGUGUUGUGUGCUGUGCUGUCCAGUCCGGGAGGCGUUUGUUUCUCCUAGGCUGUGCAUUUUUUUUUAUUUGUGUCCCGUCAAAGUGUGUUCAAUGUAAAGUGCAUUUGUGCAUUUGUUUGUUCAAAUCUAAAUCGUGUGCUUUUUGUGUGUGUAUUGCCGGAAAGGAAAGAAAAAUGUUCGCUUAAAAUGAAUGCGUGUGUGUGCGUACGUGUGUGAAUCGGUAAAGUGUUCUGUGUUCCCGUUUGGCUCACCUGUAUCUGCUGGAAAAGAAGUGCGUUCAAAUAUAAUCUUCCCAAGCCACAAUUGUAUAGAGAAAACGGUGUUUGGUGUUCGAUCAAGUGUUUCGCGUAUGUACCGUUACCGUUUUACUCCGUGUCGGUAACUCCCGACUGUGAACGGCCAACAGCAGCAGCAGCUCCCGUCGUGCGGUGUUGGGGCGUUGGAUGUUGACGUCGUCGGUGUUGCAUUAUUAAUUAAUCCCGAGCACUUCUGUAUGUCUGCCUGGUGUUCCAGCCUCAGCGCAGAAGCCCGUUAAACACGACGAGUGGCGGCUGGUGUACAUUCGUUUUCCACUGAGGUCAUACACGCGUACUAUCGGGAGGUUAACGUGUGGAAGAAUUCCUUACAUAAGACUCCCCAGAAGAUCAGCACUCGCUCUGGUGACGAAGGAAACGCAGCAGAAAGGGGGCAUGGAAGUUAGCACCCAUACAACUUCGACGCUCAGUCGAAGCAACAGUCGGACCAGCUCUAAUUCGGAGCUUGAAAAGGAACUGAUCGAUCUCGAUAUCAGCGGCGGAGGAAACAACAAAUCAAACACACUCAAGAAGCGCAUCUCGAGCAGUCGGACACCGGCAAAGAAAGCGAAAAGGAUACGAUUUUUUCGUAAUGGUGACAAAUUCUAUCCCGGGAGCACGAUACCGGUGUCGGUGGAACGUUAUAGAUCAUUUGAUAGUUUAACGGAAGAUUUGACGAGAUUGUUGGAGGACAGCGUAACGCUAACCGGUGCGAUACGCGCAAUAUACACCCUCGAAGGCAAAAAGAUCGAAAAGGUGGACGAUCUGGAAGAUGGCAAAUGUUACGUAUGUUCCUGCAAUAAUGAAGGUUUCAAGCGAAUAGAUUAUAACGUAUCCAACACAAACACCAAGAACCCCAACAGACUGUCUAGAAUAAUACGCCCACUGUCGCCAGUGAAGAACGGUGGCACAAAUGGGUCCACGCCGCUGAAAGAGAUCGAUUCCGUGGUGCAUCCUAGGAUCGUAACACUCAUAAGGAAUGGUGUGAAACCUCGAAAGAUCAUGCGAUUACUGCUAAACAAACGGAACAGUCCUACCUACGAACACGUGCUGACAGCGAUCACGCAAUGCGUUAAGCUAGAUACGGGCUGCGUGCGGAAGGUAUUUACCGUAUCCGGUAUACCGGUGCAACGAUUAGCGCAGUUCUUCGAUGAAGAUGAUGUGUUCUUUGCGUACGGCAAUGAACGUGUCGGAAUCAAUGAUUUCGAGCUGGAAGCGGAAGAAAGCAAAGCCAUCGCCGCGCAUCGGAAAACGCUUCGCAGCAGUACGACUAGGACGGGACCAAAGCCCAAGAUGCCUGUGAAGAGUCACAACGAUACGUUCGUUUGUGUGGAUGAAUCUGCGCUCAACGGUGGUAUCCUGCCAGAUUCGUUACCACUGGAAUUACAGGCCAAAUACACGCUUGGAUCAAUCAUUGGUGAUGGAAAUUUCGCCGUAGUACUGAAAUUGAAAGAAAAGCAAAAAAAUACAGAUUACGCACUGAAAAUUAUUGACAAAUCAAAAUGCUCAGGAAAGGAUCAUUAUUUAGCAGCAGAAAUUCGUGUCAUGAAAAAAUUAAAUCAUCCUUACAUUAUACAGCUAGUGCAUGAUAUUGAAACGAUCAAAAAUAUGUAUCUUGUGCUAGAGCUGGUCCGUGGUGGCGAUUUGUUCGAUGCCAUAACGCGUGUGACACGUUUUUCUGAGAAUCAAUCAAAGAUAAUGAUGAAACAUUUAGCUUCAGCGAUGGCAUAUAUGCAUUCCCUCAGCAUCGUUCAUCGGGACAUUAAGCCGGAAAAUUUGCUGGUGGAGUUGGAUAACGAUGGCAAUGUGGUUCUGUUAAAGCUCGGAGACUUUGGUCUCGCCUGUGAAGUAACAGAGCCAUUGCUUUCAAUCUGUGGUACACCGACGUACGUUGCACCAGAAAUUCUAAUGGAAUCGGGCUACGGUGUUAAGAUCGAUGUUUGGGCUGCCGGCAUUAUACUGUACAUUUUGCUGUGCGGAUUUCCACCAUUUGUUUCGCCGGACAAUCAGCAGGAACAACUUUUCGAUGCUAUUCUCAACGGGUUCUUCGACUUUCCCGCUCCGUACUGGAACAACAUCGGCGAUAGUGUGCGCGAUCUAAUCAUCAACAUGUUGCAAUCAGAUCCGGAACUACGGUUUUCCAGCGAGGACAUUCUUGACCACCCAUGGUUGACGAGCGACAUCGUGGAUGAUACGCGCGAUCCUAAUGGAAUCGUUAUCGAAGCAAAGUGUGACGAUCCGUUAGAGUCUUUGGUGGGCAUUCCCAUCAGUACACAGUAGAAGAUGUACCCCACACAAUCAUCUUGCGUUUGAAUGUGCAACGAGCAUGAGUGAAGCUUUUGAUUUUACAGAAAAACGACUACAUUGACGAGUUUUAUCGGCAGUGGUUAGCUCACACACAUCAUGAAAACUCAAUCUCGUUUGGAACUCGGACCUCAUUCAAAAUCUCACAAGACACAACCGGUGGUAAAUUGCUAAGUGAAAUCGGAAUACCGGAACAGGUUUGUGUUACUUCACGGUAACAAUGUAUUUUUAUGAUAUCGCUUUUUAUUUUGACGAAACCGCUUCUGAAUUUUUUUCUUUUGUAGUUUAUCCGUUAGUAGUAUAUUUGUAGAGAAUUUGAAGAGAACGUGUGUUGAAAAUACACGAAGUUACGAAGAUAUGUUCACAUGUAUUUUUUUUUUGUUUUACACAAUUGCACCAUCACAGAUUACAACAAAUAAUAACCAACAUUAGUUUGUCCCAUGUCCCAUGCAUCCGUUCGAAACGUUCUAAAUGGACGAAUAGAAGCAAGUCUGUCGCUGUUUUUUUUCUUUGUCAUAAGUUUAGUUUGUAUACGAAAUACAGAGGUAGUAAGAAUAAGAAAACUAUUUUUACCAUCGACGCAUACAGCGAUUUAAUAUCUAUUUAUUUACCAUUAUUAGACUACUUGUAUUGCAAACAAAAAAGGGAAAACCCCGUAAACAGGAUUGCUAAGCAAAAAUGUUACUCUUAUUCAGUCAUUAUCGAGAAAUUGUGGAAAUGUUUUUGUUACUUUUGCUGAAUGUUUGAUAUUUUAGUUUAGUAGCAAUAUUGUGUAUCGUUUAUAAUAAGCACGUUUAUGGUUUGUUUCUCUUUGUUUAUAAGUACUAGGUAAAUAUCAAAAUGUGUCGCUAGCACUUGUGCUUUCCGUAAACAAUUGCAAUUGUAUGUACUAAAUUUUCGACACAUAUAACGCACAAUCCAAAUUUUGCCUCUAGAAUUACGUUCCAUUUACUGUGAAGUGGACGAUAGAAUGUAAAACUAUUCCUAGUAUGGUUAGUUUGCAAACCAGUUUACAAUAUUACCACCCGAAACCCACUGUUGAUGGAUGGUUCUGUUUCAUCUCUGAACAUGAA